AAUAGCCAAUAGCGAACGGUUUCUGUGCUGCAGCUAAUGUCACACGAAUCACGAAACGAUCGCUCAUAGAAAACAGUUUAUCUACUUGCUAAAAGUAUUGUGCAAGUAUUAAAAUCUUUGGUUGUGUUGCGGAUACCAAUUCCAUAUUAUUAAAAAACAUGGCUGGUGAAAGCGCAGUGUCCACUGUAGCGAAGCCCCAGAUGCGAGGGCUCCUCAACACAGCCAUCAAGCGUAACCUGACCAUCGCUUUGGUCCUUUCUGGCGUGAGCGCGUUUGCCUUCAAGCAAAUCGUCGGAAAUGAGCGCAAGAGGAAGUAUGCUGAAUUCUACAGGACAUAUGAUGCCGAGAAAGAGUUCGAAGAGAUGCGCGCCAAGGGCCUGUUCCAAUCCUGCUAAAUUAUAGCUUACUUUAGUGUAGACACCAUUUCUUUUGCUGUAAAUUAUGUUAUUUAAAAAUAAAAAAUAAUCAUUAA